AAACUCGCUUUUUUUUUGUUUCUCUUGAUCUGUUUUCCUCACAUAUCCCUUUGGCUUCUGUUUUCAUCUCUCUGCUUCUUGGCAUCCUUCAGUUUCUGGGGUCUCUUCCUUUUUCUACACUGCACACUCGAAAUUUCUCUGCAGAUUCUUUUGGGGUUUGCUUCAGUUUCUUUCUUUUUUUUUUUCUGGUUUUGGUUUUCAUCCGAAACAGAUAACUUAGACCCACAGAAAAAGAUUUGAUUUUUCUACUUAGAUUGUUCUCAGAUUUCACAUCUGGUGCCGCUGUUGAGAGAUUCGUACACAUACACCAUGCAUAUAGGCUGAUUUCGAUCGCUUGUUGCUGUUAUGCUGGAGACGAAGCUGACGAGGAAGGCCAGAUUUAUUUACUGUUGUGGCACUACUGUUGUUAGGACACAAGGAAGAACAGCUUGUGACUGUUCCAAGAACAGCACAAGGAAAGAGGAGAAUAAGCUUUUCAUCAGAUGUUAUCCAUCGAAAACCCUCCACCUGAAUCAGAUCCUCCUCCUCCAUGUCCAUUGAAGAAGAAGAAGCUCGUGAAUUCGGAUCUAUGUUCAUCCACGUCCUUAUCAUCAUCAUCAUCAUUUGAUCGUCAUCGUCAUCAAAGCCAUAUUCAUCCCCACAACAGCGGCAACAACGUCAACCCUAGCCAAACCCCCAAUUUCUGUAUAAGAGAUUAUGUAUUCGCUGUCCGAAGGAAGGAUGUCUACAGGAACUGGCCAUUUUCUUCAGAAAAUCUGCAGCUGUGUCUCAAACAUGGCGUAAAACAGCCUUUGCCUCCAUUUCAUUCCCUUGGUUCCGUGAAAGACAAAUCUCUCAAACCAUGUCCGGCUGAUAUCGCAUCCGAUGUCGCCAUAAAGUCCGAUGAUCCUCCAACGACUCAGAAACUAGCGGUUAUCUCAGAAAAAAUCAAACCAUACUCGGAAGAUGCAUUCCCCUCAACUGCUACAAGUGCUCGCCAAUCUGAAGUACAGUGUUUGGAAUCUUAUCCAGUUUUGAGAAGCAAGACCGAGAACACGAACAGACCCACGAGCAAGAAGUGUCGUCUGGUGGUGAAGUUUGGUAACUUGUCUGCUGAAGACGUUGCUUCCAAUCUGACGGCUGCCACAUCUGAACUGAUGGCGUCUUCAAAGACUUGCCCUGUUUGCAAGACCUUCUCGUCGUCUUCAAACACCACCUUGAACGCUCACAUCGACCAGUGCCUGGCUUUGGGCUCAAAACCGGUUUCAGCAUCAGGUUCCAGGGUGGUCAGGCAUAAAAUCAAGCCAAGGAAGAUCAGAUUGAUGACUGAUAUUUACGCCACGGGGAAAGAAUGCACAUUGGAAGAGCUUGACAGACGAAAUGGCACAAGCUGGGCCGCCAUGGGAUCAAACUCGCCAGUUUCAGAAGGUGGCCAGAGGCAAAGGGCAACCCUGGAUUGCUCCAGAGACAGUGCAGGCGAUCAAGAUAAUGUUUAUGUGGAUGCCAAUGGCACUAAAGUCCGGAUCUUGUCGAAGCUAGUCAAUGAUGGAGCAAUGGCGGAAAAGUCUGUGAAAGGAAGGAAACUGUUUUCAGCUAAAAAGAAAAGCAGUAAAGGAAAGAGAAAACAUAAGUAUCUCAAGCUUGUUCCUCAAAGCACGAAACUUUUGCCGAAGAAGAAAGCUCACUCUUCUCAGGUUCAGGCUGAACCAGAAGGAUAUUCUAAUCAAAAGCCGAUAAAGCUUGUUUCACAGCCGGGAAGCUCAAGACAGUGGAUGCCAUUGAAAUUUACCACUGUGAGAAAGGAGCCGAGCAAGAGAGGAUGCAGAAAGAACUCGUCUUCUGAGAAUAAUGAACCGAGUUCUUUUGGGAGGAGAGGUAAAGUUGAGAAGGUCACCCAUGUAUCUGGAAUCAAAGUGGGUCACGCAGAGAGAUCUCUUCUGCCAAUGAAGCGGAAUACCGAUAGUAUGUCGAGAUCUUCUGAGAAUGAUAGAAGCUAUAUCUCGCCUUCAGGCCGAAGGAAGAUUUGUUCUUCUGCCGGAUUUGGAAAAGAUGUGAAAGACUCUCCACAAAUUGGAUCAAGAACCCUGGAAGUACUGUCACCGGGUAAGAAAGUAUCCAUCAGGCACCAGUUUGCUUCUGAGAACAAGCUUUCCGCAGGUAAAACGCGUUUUAGCUUCAAGAGGUUGAGGUCUCGGGUUUCAGAUGGCAGUGAUGAUGAACUUGUGGGCCGAGAACAUUCUACUGAUUCGAUGCAAAAUGGGUCUGAGGAUCGCCACCAGAUAAAUGACUCAUCUUUUGGCACUUCUGGUCCACUUUCGAGAGAAGAACAGUUAGGUUCAGACAGCCCCCGGAUGGUAUCUCAGUUCUUACAUCGCGAUAAUGGCGAGACUGCUGAUUCUUCUCCACGAGUUCUUGACCAUUUUGAUGAUGAAACUGAUAGGUGUGGGUGGGACGAUUCUUCGAGCGAUAACGAUAGUGAUAGCGAAAGUGACAAAAAGGACGAUGAUGUCCUAGAAGAUGAUCUUGAUUGCCAGGGAAUUACCAGAGAACGAGCCAUUAGUGGUAGUCUGAGUAAGUUUCUGGGAACAGAAUUCGGCAGGAGGAGCCACUCGGGAACACCAUUUGCCUCAUCGGUUGAUCAGUACAUUCGUCAUUCAUCCGAGCCGAGUUUUCUCGGUGGGCAAGAAGAAUAUUCUACUCAUGAUGACGCCAUAAGUGAGAAAGCUACAUGCUUGCACCGGGAUCUUGACUUUGAAAUUGCUCAAGGAAGCUCUUUUCCGGAGGUUGAGCCUAUUCCGAUCCCCGGGCCCCCAGGGUCAUUCUUGCCAAGCCCCCGGGACAUGAUGAUGACUUCUGAAGAUUUCCCGGGACAAUCAUCAUUGACUACAAGCCCUGUUCUAUCCUCUGAGGAUCAUCGAGAUUUCAUCGACAGAGUUUCAUCUGAUUCUCCACUUUCUAUGGCCUCAACUGUCUCGAACUCUAGACCCGAUCACAUGAAGUACUUUGAACAGUUCUCAUCGGCUGGGAUGAAUCCGGAUUCCGCUGCUUCUUCUCUUCGGAGUGGUGUGGAUACCGAGAGAAAGCUCGAGGCAGAAAACCUCAGCUUGAAUGACUUCGCCAUUGAAAAGAGUUCUCUUGGAUUCAGAAACGAGAAUCAACCGUGUUGUUGCCAGAGGAAGGAGAGAUCUUUACCUUCUCAAGGGUUCAUUUCUCUCAACUUUCAAGAAUCUCUGCUGCUGAAGCGAAGAACAAUGGCUUCUGCAGAGAGACAAACAGGUUUUCUUCCUGACAUGAAUCAUGCCGGUUCGAGAUCUCAACUGUCGGCAUCAGGCAAACCCUGCACUGCCCUGGACUCGGUACCCGAUAUGCCCGUGAAAACAUUGUCGGGUAUCGAUGGCACGGCUAUAAUCCCGUCUGGUUCUAAUCCGGUACUGAGGCUAAUGGGGAAGAACUUGAUGGUGAUGAACACAGCAGAAGAACCUUCAACGCAGCUUAACCAUGGCGGAUUCAAUCCUAAGCCUCCAGUUCAUCUGGCAGCAUCCUCGUUCCUCCACACAUCUGCCCCUCGGGGAUCUUUCAUGCUCGAUUGUGAUUCUUUCAGCUCGCGGGCAGCUGCAGGAACGUUUCAGAGCCGUUACUCAGCACCGUUCUCUCUGUUCAACCCGCAAGACUCUUCUUCUGCUCACUGUGAAGCUCUCAAUCCGAAGAACCCCGACCACUUCGGCUUUCCAUCAAGCUGAUCUCUCCUUGCUUUCACUGAACCAUCCUUGAUCUGGUUUUUGCUGGGACUUCAACCAAAAAAAAAAAGAUAUAUUAGGAAAAAGGAUCAUAAUCAGCAAACAAGUGUUGUUCUUACAGAAACUGUAGCUGUUGUCACAUUUUGUCUCUGUCAAAAGCAGCUUUUUUUUUUUUUGUUUCUAUGUACUCUUCAAUGUCUACAUACAUACAACGAGAGACAUGAUGAAGUUAGUGUACGUAUAUGCAUGGGGUAAAGCUUCUAAUUGUUCAUGAA